UGGGGAAUUAUGGCUUUUCUCCUCCACUCACAUCUCUCGUUAAAUCAGUCAAAAUAAGUACAAAAUUAGGCAGCAUGAACACGAGCUAGACCCGGAAGCCAAUCCUUAGGACCCAAGUCGCUGCAGGAUCAGUUUAGGGAAUGUUCUUUAGACUUUUAACCAACAGUCGAUCCCAUUGCUCCCGUCCCACCCAAUCCCUCAGAUAUAAAAGCCACCUUGGGUCCCGAGCUGCUGACUGGCGUUUCUGCAACGAUCGAGAUGGACCUGCCCGAGGGAAUCCUAAUGGGCUUCGGCAAUCCCCUUUUGGACAUCACCUGCAUCAUCGAGGACAACACGAUGCUUGAGAAAUUCGGCCUGAGCCCCAACGCCGCCAUCAUCGCCGAGGAAAAGCACGACGCGCUCUUCGACGAGCUAAUGAACAUGGAGAAUGUCAUUUACUCGGCGGGUGGAGCAUGCCAGAACACGAUGCGGAUCUUCCAGUGGAUCGUGCAGACUCCCCGACGAGGAAUCUUCACUGGAGCAGUGGGUAACGAUAAGCUAGGCGACCGCAUCGGCAAGAGGGCGAAGGCCGAUGGCCUGUUGACUCUAUACCAGGUGAAGGAAGAGUUGCCAACUGGUUCUUGCGCCGUGAUUAUCAACGGCUUGAACCGCUCAAUGGUGGCCAACCUCGGUGCCGCCUCUCUAUUUACCGAUGAGUGGAUGGAUGACGAGGAGAACCUUUGCUAUUUGGAGCGCUCACAGUUCUUCUACUUCACCGGCUUCUUCAUGGCCGUUUGCCCGUCUGUCGUUGAGCGCGUUUCCAAAAUGUGCGCCGAGUCCCACCGACUGAUGAUCCUCAAUUUUAGCGCCGUUUUCGUGCUGCAGAUGCAGCGCGCCGCUCUCAUUCAGGUCAUGCAGAACGUGGACGUCAUUAUCUGCAAUAAGGAGGAGGCUAUCGCCUUUGGCGAUGCCAGCGGCUGGAAGACAAAGAACAUCUUCGAGGUCGGCCACAAGCUGCAGUCAAUGCCCAAGGCCAACAUCCGUCCGCGCCUGGUGUUAAUCUUGGACGCCACUUGUCCUGUGCUGUGCUUCCAGGAAAACGAGCGCAUCCUGGAGUACCCCGUGCCAAAGGUAGACAAGAGCAAGAUCAUUGACACCAACGGCAGCAACGACGCAUUUGUCGGUGGGUUCCUGGCCAUGUUUGUCCAAAAAUUGCCACUGGACUACUGCAUCCGCACCGGCAUAUUCGCUUCCCAUCAGACACAAAACGUGAUAGGCGUUCAGAUCGAAAAGCUGCCGAAAUUUAAUGAGAUAUGCAUGUAAAAUUUAAUCAGGGAUUUUGUUUAAUUUCUGAAAGCUUAAUCAAAAUUUUAUUACAACGUAAA